AUGUCUGCUGUCAACGGCGCUGGCCACGGCAGCUCCUCCAAGGCUGCUGAUGUCGAUAGCCUCUCACCCCCCGGCUUUCAGCCCCAGAAUAAGAUGACAGUCAAGCCACCUUCAGGAGAAGACCUUCAGAAAAGCUAUGCCGCUGUGGUUGGAAGCGAAGCCAACCCCAAGGGCUGGUAUGGCGGCAUGAUCAACACUCUCGGUUCAUGCAUUGGAACUCUGGGUGCCAUUCCUUGCUGCAUCAUCUGCCCCAACCCCUACAAGCACGUCAACCAGGGUCAAGUCGGUCUCGUCACCAAGUUCGGUCGGUUCUAUAAAGCAGUCGAUCCCGGUUUGGUCAAGGUCAAUCCCCUCAGCGAGAGGCUCAUUCAAGUCGACGUUAAAAUUCAAAUCGCCGAGGUACCUGAGCAAACCUGCAUGACCAAGGACAAUGUUACUUUGCGCUUGACCUCUGUCAUCUACUAUCACAUUGUGUCUCCUCACAAGGCCGCUUUUGGUAUUUCCAACGUUCGUCAAGCUCUUGUUGAACGUACCCAGACCACCCUUCGUCACGUUGUUGGUGCCCGUGUUCUUCAGGAUGUCAUCGAGCGCCGCGAGGAAAUCGCACAGUCUAUUGGAGAAAUCAUUGAGGAUGUUGCUGCUGGUUGGGGUGUCCAGGUUGAGAGCAUGCUCAUCAAGGAUAUUCUUUUCAGCCAAGAUUUGCAAGACUCGCUCUCAAUGGCUGCCCAAAGCAAGCGAAUCGGUGAAAGCAAGAUCAUCGCCGCCAAGGCCGAGGUUGAAUCCGCCAAGCUGAUGCGCCAAGCCGCCGACAUCUUGAGUUCUGCGCCAGCCAUGCAGAUCCGUUAUCUCGAGGCUAUGCAGGCUAUGGCCAAGUCCGCCAACAGCAAGGUCAUCUUUUUGCCUGGCAACAACCAGCCCCUCAAUGGAGCUGCUAUGAAUGCUGCGCUGGGCGAUAUCCAAUCCGGCGAAGGUAGCACCAGCACCGCCGGGAAUACUCGCGAUUUUGGAGGUCAGGACUCAGGUUUCCAACAAGCCAUGAACGCUCGCGUCGUGGAAAAUUUCUAG